AUGGUGAUUAACGAGAGGUAUGUAGUCCAGGACUAUCUCGGCAAGGGAGGAUUUUCCCGUGUCAUGAAGUGCUUUGACAACCGCCUCUGCAUCUCUUUGGCACUUAAAAUGAUAAAUGACAAAGGCUUUGACGACAGACGAGAGAUUGAGAUUAUGAAGAUUGUAUCGUCAUCUCCCGACUCACGGGCACAGGUUGCUAUAAAGUAUCUGGACUCGUUCCGCUACGAUCACCGAGACUAUGUGGUGAUAGAACUCGCGGGUGUUAACCUCUACGACUUCUUAUUCAACAACAGAGACAUCCCGUUUUCUCUCUCGUUCAUACGGUCUGUUGCAAAACAAUUACUUCUAUUCCUUUCUUUCUUGCAUUCCAAGGGCAUUAUCCACUGCGACAUAAAGCCUGAAAACAUCAUGUUGAAGAAUGACGCUUAUGAUAUAGUCACAAUUUCAGAUGACACUUGCGCCGACCCCGAGUCCGUAUCUGUUUUUCCCAAACAUGAAGAAAUCAAAGUCAUUGAUUUUGGCCUUGCGACGUUUUCCGACAACCGUUUACACUUUUCGACUGUUGGCACGCGUCCGUACUGUAGUCCCGAGAUGAUUCUUCAAAACGGGUGGACGUAUGCGACGGAUCUCUGGAGUGUUGGGUGUACGCUAUUAGAGAUGUAUUUGGGACAUCAAAUUUUUAACGGAAAAAAUGAAAGAGAACAACUCUUGAAAAUGGAAAUCGUUUUGGGAAAAUUUCCACAGACUGUUGCCUCUGAUUCCCACUACUUUUCAAGGGCGGGUUAUGUCAAUUGUCAAGGUUCAAAUUAUGACAAAAAGAUUGACGAGUCGAUUCAUCCUUUACAUAGAAUCAUAGACCACGCACGCCACCCGCAGUUCCUCAACUUUUGUGCGGGGUUGCUCGACCUUGACCCCGAAAAGCGUUUGACUUGUGUUGAAGCACUCAACCACCCCUUUUUAAAUUUUGUGGACUAA